UGAAUAUCGGAACGCAGUCUAGUCUAUGAUGGCACUGAAAUUUGUCACUUGUUUCUCAAGAGGGGAGUCUGUACUCUCUGCGGUAUAGCCAUAACCUAGGUAGCAUAACGAUCUGAUAUCAGAAGAAAAAAACGGUUUGAGUAAGAUAUAGAAGAGUGUCACCGCUUCAUUGUUUGUUUGAUCAUUGCAUGAGAAUAUAAUAUAAAAAAUAUUCCAUAUUUUGUAUAACCACGAAAAAAUGCAUCUUGAUUAGAAUUAAAUAACGUAUAAAGAAGAAUGGUGGGAGGAUUUUCGUGUUUCUUGUAUUAUGACGUUUGAUAGAAAAUUUUGUGUUUCGAUGUUUAAACGGACUGAAAAUAUACCAAUGGAUAAUGAUUUUGAUAUGCCCGCAAAACGAGCAAAAUUUGAUGUUCCUAUGACAAAUCUCCGAUACGGUAGGAUACAAGAAAAAGAAAUUCCCAAGAACAAAAACAUGCAAUACGAUGAUCCAUGGGGUGAUGAUUUCGCCGAGGAAGACAUUAAAGAAAUGGAUUUUGUCGCAUCUCAAGCAUGCUUACUGGAAGGUAAUGUGUUAGAUAAUUCAAAGCUUGGAAAUAACUUACAUCUGAUGAAAUCAAAGAUUUUGGAGAAACCUGCUGCAAUUGCAAGUAUAACUAAUUAUAAUGAUAUAUCUCAAUUAAAACUAUCAAUACCUGUAGAAAAAUCCAAUCUUUUACUAAAGAAAUCUGUACAAGGUACCAGCCGAGUUAGUCAAGAUAUAGCAGAUAUUAAUUAUUCCCAGUUCAAAAACAAGUUAAUAGUUAAGAAGGACCAUAACUCAACUUUUCAAAAGGAAAGAAAUUUUAUUAUACCUGAUGAUAGAGAAUUGGAAAGGUUAAAAAAUGAAAAUAAAAAAUUAUUGAAUGACUUUAUAACCAAAGAUGGUGAAACUGUAUUUUUACGGCAACAGCUACAACAAAUCCAGUUGAGAGCUGAAAAUGAAAAGUUACAGAAAAUGCAUUUAAUUGAAGACCAAGCUAACCGUCAUAGAUCAGAAAUCAAUAAAAUUUGUAAAGAGAAGGAACAAUUGAAGACACAGAUAGAAUUACGAGAUUUAGAAAUAGGAAAUCUUCUGGCACGCUGUAAACAAUUGGAAUCUGGAAAUAUUAAAAUAAGAGAAUUACAAUCAUUACACACAAAUAAUUUUUUAAAUAAAAGCAAAUGUAAUACAUCAAACAAUUGGCCAACAAACAUAGAUAAAAAUUUAACAGAGGUAAAAGAUGUAUGUAUACAAACUAAUAUUUAUAUGAAAACUGAUUAUCAACUUAAAACAUGCAAUACUUAUUUCUCUCUUGCAAGGAUUUCAGAACUAAUGUUUGGAGCAUCAGUGCCAGAAAAACCCAUUAUUAAUGUUAAAGUCAUAGAAAAAACUGGUAAAAGAAAUCUACCUAUUUUGCAAGAAGAAGAAAGAUUCAGGAUUUUUGAAAAUCCUGAUUUGGUAAAACCAGUAGUUACUAUUGUAGAUGGAAAAAAAUUGACAACAGAAUUUGUUUUACUUGAGUUAGCAGCUAUUGAAAGGAAAAUUAAUGCAGAGAUUGAAUCAGAAAGCUAUACACCUAUAAUCAAUAAGCUAAUUUUAACUAUGAGGGAGUUAAUGCUGAAUGUUAUAAUGGUUCUACAAACAAUAUUCCAUGCUAUGAAAAAUGAUGACAUUCGGGAUAUGAACGAUCUUUAUUUUUCUGCGGUUUAUAAAGAUCAUCAUAUAUGCAUUAAAUCUGAAUGCGAAGCAGAUGCGUGGCAUGAAGGAGAGCGUGGUAUUGAGGCAAGAAGAUUACUCGGUGCACUUUCACAUAUUAGUUGGGAAUCAACAUAUUUAAGCAGUUAUUUAGCAGGGAAGUCACCAUUGCAUACACGUAAUGAUGAAUGUUAUAAUCGUUAUUUAUUGCAAAUGACACGUUAUAAUGCAUGGCCAAAAAGAAACCACAAAUUCGAAAUUCUUGAGAUGAUAAAGGAAUAUAUUGUUCUAAUAGGGCGUGUUAGAAGGUCUCAUCAGUUUACAGGUCUUAUAAAUGCUAUUAUAAAAUUAUUGUGCAAUGUACAAGAGAAAGUGGGUUACUGUGAAAAAGGGUUGGAAUAUGUUUGUUUCAUAUUCAAGGAACUAGUUUUCUCGAGGCCAUUGUCACUUUGUUAUGCAUCACUAGCUCAUUUCAUAAUGGUUUUCAGUAGAUGCAAUAUAUUUAUAUCAAAAUUAUGCAAGAAUUCACAAUCAAUGGCAAUAAAGAAUUGGAAAGGCGCUUUACAUUUUACACCAGAUGCUUGCGUCUUACAAAUUCUUAUAACACAAAUGGAGCAUUUUCAUCCGGAUUUUCUUACUACUUUAAAUAUGACUCACUCAUUAUUAUCGUCUGUACAAUAUAUGCUGCAAACGAAUAAUAAUCUAUUAAGAACUGAAAGUUCAGAAACAUGUAACUGUUACAAAAAAUUAAUACAGUUCACAAUUAAUAUAUUGGGAAAAUGUUGUGAAACUAGAUCAAUUGUAACUAAUAAUAUCAAUUGGCAAGAUUUAUUUUACACUUCCAACAAGUGUUAUACUUUGAAGAAAAUUAAUUAUAAAGAUUAUGGGUGUCGAACAAAAUAUGACCUGCAAAAUAAGGAAAAACAUGCAAUGGAAAUAUAUCCGGAAAAACUAGAUCGAAAUUUUUGGUCUAAUAUCAAAAAGACCCAACACCAAGUGUUGAAAGAAGGCAUUAGAUUUUUAUGUUAUCUCACCAUUUGCGAUCCCUAUUUUUUUAUUCAAUCACUUGACAUCGAAGAUUCAUUUAAUCUACUUAUAAGAAAUAUAACUUUUUUCGACGAUUUAAUACUUCACGAAAAUGAUCGAGAAGCAUUGGAACGAAUAAAGUCCACGUAUAUUCUUGAUAAAGGUGUACAAAAUGAAAUUGAGACGCAUCAUAAAAAUAUACGUAUUACUCAAUUGAACAUAGCGAAUUUUGAAAAGAAAGUUAUUCCUGCAACAAAAAAUGAUGUUAAAACAACUCUAAAUUUCGAUAAAAUACAUAUGGCUAUUAAAGCGUUAUAUAAUUUCAAGUUAGAAUAUAAGGAUAAUUAAACAUCAAAUCCUCAAGAUUAUUUUUUAAUAUUUGAAAUGUAAUCUUUAUAUACAAUCUUUUACAGACAUUUCAUUGUGUGGAAAAGAGAACAUAAUAUGAUGAUGAUAAAGACGAAAAAGCAUAUAAUUUGUAUUUAACGCAUUAAUUCCUUAGCCACUAUUCUAUUGCUAAAGAAUAUAUUUCUUUUUCGGAUUUAUUUUUUUAUCGGGCAAUUGAAUACCGCAAAAAAUUCAUCCACAAAGCUGCUAUAUAUUUAUAUUUUUGGUCUUGGAUGUUUGUCCAGAAAAAGCAGUUCUUUUUUCCAACGUCGCAUUUUUGCAAAAUGUCUGAAAAAUGUUAAAUGUACGGUAACAAUUCAGAUAUUUUAAGUACAUUGUCGCUGAUUUUUUUUUUU